GUUACUGUAACGAGGGAUAUGUCGGCGACGGAUAUGUCCGAUGUGCCAAGCCUUGUGAUGAUGCAUGUCGUCAUAAUGCUUACUGCAACAAGAGAGACGACACAUGCUAUUGUAACAAAGGAUACAUUGGUGAUCCAAAGGUCGGCUGUGAACUUCCUUGUGGAGGAAAAUGUGCGUCCACUGCAUAUUGCGACAGUGAUUCCAACACGUGUAAAUGCAAGAAGGGACUUGUUGGUGACCCUCAUGUUAGAUGUGGCAAACCAUGCGACAACAAAUGUAGAAAGAACGCGUUCUGCAACGGCAACAACAAGUGCCAAUGCAAUCCAGGAUUCGUCGGGGAUCCAUAUGAGGGCUGUGAUCGUCCAUGUGGAGGUAAAUGCAAGACCAAUGCAUACUGUGAUGAACACACCAACACUUGCAAGUGUAACAAAGGAUAUAUCGGUGACCCACUGAAAAAAUGUUUCGAACCAAGUGUAUUCCAAUUUGUAAGGCGUGCUUACACUGUUUCGGAAAGUGCCGGAUCGGUCGAUAUCGAAGUAGCAAGAACAAGUGGAUCUGAAGGAUCCUAUACAGUUUCCUGGGAGGCC